UCGUGGCGUAGCUUGUUCAGCUGCUCGUCGAAGCGGCUGUCGGACGGUCGCUUGUCAGCGAGCCUUCGUACGAUGUAGCGGCCAUUUUUGUUCUUAGUUCAUAAUAGCGUGCGCAUAUUUUAAUGUAUUUAGAGAGAUAUUUAGGAUUUUUUCACGAUGACUAUUAUAGUCUUUUUAAUAGAUACAUCUGCUUCCAUGAAUCAAAGAGCUUAUUUGGGCGGACGCCCAACAUUGCUCGAUGUAGCCAAGGGCGCUGUGGAAACGUUCGUAAAGGUUCGUCAGCGUUCUCCUGAGAGCAGAGGGGACAGAUAUAUGCUUCUAACUUUCGAAGAGCCACCCGCGAACAUCAAGGCAGGCUGGAAAGAGAAUUUAGCAACAUUUAUAAAUGAAUUGAAAAAUUUACAAUGCCUUGGUCUGACAACUAUGGGGGCAGCUUUGAAGCAUGCAUUUGAUGUUUUGAAUAUAAACCGGAUGCAAACUGGAAUCGAUACAUAUGGACAAGGACGGUGUCCCUUCUACAAUGAGCCUUCAGUUAUAGUUGUUAUUACUGAUGGAGGAAAACUUUCAUGCAAUGCUGGCAUUCAGGAAGAAUUUAAUUUGCCAAUGAACUGCCCCAUUCCUGGGUCUGAAUUGACCAGGGAGCCUUUCCGAUGGGACCAAAGACUGUUCUCGUUGGUGCUGAGAUUGGCCGGAACACCUGCUGUGGAGAGGGACACUGGUCUCGUGCCUUCAGACUCCUCACCUAUUGAUGCCAUGUGUGAAGUUACAGGAGGCCGUUCAUAUUGCAUCACUUCGCAUCGUAUGCUCAUGCAGUGCAUAGACAGCUUAGUGCAGAAAGUACAGAGUGGUGUGGUGAUUAACUUCGAGAAGAUAGGGCCCGACCCUCCGCCUAUAGACGGCGGUAACAACAGAGAGGGUGGUGACCAAAGUGACGAUGUUAGUCACGAUGCUGACAAGGAGAUGGACUGUGAGGGCGACAGGAAUGGGCGUUGGAAUGGUGGUCCGUACCAAACGGGUUUGACACCCAAUCAAGGUGCGAGCGCGCCACAAGCGUGGCACUCGUGUCGACGCCUCAUCUACGUUCCGCGGACUGUUGCUCAGAAGGGCUUCGCUGUCGGCUUCUGGCCCAUACCGGAAUCUUUUCGGCCGGAUCCCAAUGCACCGACACUGCCACCCCGUUCAGCACAUCCGGUAGUCAAGUUCACUUGUUCAAGUCAGGAGCCCAUGGUGAUUGACAACUUGCCUUUCGACAAAUAUGAACUGGAACCAAGUCCUCUGACGCAGUUCAUUCUAGCCAGGAAACAGCCAACCAUAUGCUGGCAGGUGUUCGUGGCGAACAGCGGUUGUAAGAACUCUGAAGUCAGUCAUCCAUUUGGCUACUUAAAAGCAUCGACAAACUUAACAUGUGUCAAUCUCUUUGUGUUGCCGUACAACUACCCAGUAUUACUGCCUUUACUCGACGACUUGUUUAAACUACACCGUUGCAAGCCAACUCCAGAAUGGAAGCAGGCGUUUCAGCAGUAUUUAGACAGGAUGCCGUCGUAUUAUGUCGCGCCAUUACGCAGGGCCCUAACGAAGAUGGGUGCUUCGACACCGCUAUUGCAGAGUUUAAUUCCCGACAUGCAAGACAACUCGCUCAGCUUUUCUGUAUUGAAUUAUUUGAAAAGACUGAAAAACCAAGCUAAGAUUGAAUUUGACAAGCUGUGUGCUGAUGUCAUAAAUAAAGCUUCUAGUGGUAAUAAUCAAAAGAUAGCGGAAAGCGUGCGAGUGAUGCCUCGUUCUCCUCUUAAGAAGGAGCUCACCACACACCCAUGUCUACAGGACAAGUUCACGGCGUUGCGCGACCAGCUCAACGAGUUCGGUGGCUUCGUGGUAGGCCUCUCGCGUGGGCGCCACAAGACGCAGGCGCACACUUAUCGGAAUCCCUUUGAUAUACAGAGGAGGGAUUUAUUGGACCAGGUGGUGCGCAUGCGCGCGAACUUCCUACAACCGUCACUGGCGCACACGCGUCUCGUCGAUGAGGACAGUGUGCACUCGAUGCCGGUUGCGCAGAUGGGCAACUACCAGGAGUACCUCAAGCGGAUGACGCCGCAACUGCGCGAGAUUGAGUCGCAACCCGUGCGACAGCACAUGUUUGGCAACCCUUUCAAGAUAGAUAAGCGAAUGAUGGUCGACGAAGCGGACGUGGAUCCUGUAGGAGCGGUCCGUGGCGGCGGUGGUGGCGGUGGCGCAGGCGGCAAACGUGGUGCCGAAAGUCCCCGCUGUGCUCCGCCUAAACGCAAGGCGGGUCCGCUGCCGCGACAUGUGGUAGCGCGGCGGCCUACCUCUUCUGCGCCGUCGUCACCGCUACCUCCGCCGCCGCCACUGACGCCGCCGCUGACGGCACUGACGCCUCCGCCGGCACCAGUAACGCCACCUGCCCCGCUCGCACCGCUAUCACCAGUGUCGCUGCGACGGCCUGCGUCACCGCUUGCACCGGUUCCGUCAGAUUUGCCGUCCGGUCGGCCACCUGAGGAGCCGCCCAAUGUAGAAACAGGCGGAGCGCCCGUACCGCCACCGCCUGCAGUCGCCGCGCCCGCUAACCUGCCGCCUGUUAUCAAACCCUUCCUAAAUGGAGACGCUUAUACUACAAUGGGCAGUAAGGUGUCGCGGUCGCCGUCUCCACCUGACCUGGACUCUCAGGAGUUACAGAUCAACGCUAUUCUUCAGGACAUUGCAGCGGAGAAUGCGCAUCCGAGACCACGGAAGCGGAAACGGAAGAGUGAUAAGCCGGUCGUACCUCAGUUGCCCCCUCAACUGUCUCGAAAGGAGUUGGCGGACAUCAGAAAGCACAAUUUGGACGUACGAGCAGAAGUGUAUCGCGCUGUUCGACGUCCAGGCAAAGAUUUCUCGAAACUCUUCGAACAUUUAAAACAGUUAAAAGGUAGUGUAGAUGUUAAGAAGGAAGUGAUACGUGAUAUUAUAAAUGAGUCAUUAAGGUUCAAACGGAAGGCUCUUGCUAAGUUAUUGGAAGACUUUUUGGCGGGUCUCGAAAAGAACGGUAAUAGUGCCUCAGUAAGCAUGAAGAGAAUCACGAAUUCUUUAUACGGCAACGCUAAUCAUAGCUAGUGAAUAUGGAUAGAGUCAUUUGUUCAUAGUUAUCGAAGUCAGGAAUGUCAAUCUCAGUGCAGGAAUAUGUGGUGGUCACAACUUCGCGACUAAUGUCACCGGUGCCUGUACACAAGUAUCAAAUGAUUCCAUUUUUAAAUAUUUUACACGUCAAUGUAGUGCUGAAGACUUAUUAUAAUUAGAAAUUGUAAUUAGUUGAAGGAGAGCAAAGGCAAUGUUCACUCUUUUUUUUUUAAUAAUUUAUAAUGACUGGCAACUUUAUCUCUCAAAAUGUAAACAUAAAAUAAGUUGAAUGAUUAAUAAAAAUAUUUUAUUAUUUUUGUUCUCUAUCUAGAGAAACAUUGAUGGUAUAAAAGUAAUUGGAAACCUUUAAUAAUGAAAUAAAAAUGAAAUAAAUGCCAAAUCUAUAGUGGUAGAAUCAUUACUAUAAUGCAUAACUAGCAUUUUAGCUUAAUACUACUUUUUAAAUAAUCAUCCAAAAAUAUUGAUAAUCGUUCGAUUUUUUUCGAAAUUUGAUAAGUAAUACAGAUUUCUUACUCUAUUAAGACAUUAUUUUUUAUAGAACAGAAUUGGCAAACAAGUUUAUCGUCUGCCUGAUUUACGUGUUCAGUAGGCUGAUUGUAGUGGUUUUAUUUGAUCUUUAAAAUUACUUCACUAAGGUUGAAGCAUAAAUAUAUUUGGAAAUGGAAUUGUUAGUUACUUUUUUAAUUAAUAUGCGCAAUUAUCUUAUUUGUAUUGAAGUGCAAACUAUUCUAAUCUGGACUUUUAGUUGACUUUUUUCUUUGUGUAUUUGACAUUUUAUAUUUGACUUUCGAUUAGUGAUUUACAUUAAACACCGCUGGUUGACCUGCUUCAUAAUGAAUCGGACCGCGUUGUUGACUAAACAAGGAAAUGUGCUCUAAUCCGAGCAUCUGAAUAAGAAAUUGUACAGCUGGGUAAAUGCUUAAAAGAAGAAUACGCGUAUAACCGUACAAAAUGCGCGCGCAGCUAAACAGUUUAUCAAACAGUUGUAUAAAAUGUUAAGUGAAUGUCAUGCAAAUGUAAACUUACAAUAAUAUAAUAUUAUGGUGUCUUUAUGUUUAUCCUCAAGUGAGAUUGUAAUUUUAACGGCUACAUUCAAAAAAUAUUUGUCUACAUAAUACUACUAUAUCUUUAUAACAUGUCAAAUAGGUAAAAUCAUUCACUUACACAAAUUGGUGGCGUUCAAUGUUAGUAAAGAAAGAAUUUAAAACUAGCGUGACUACAAUUUUAUUUACGUUGUGGUAAAUAGUGUGAAUUGCCCAUUGACUUCGCUGGAUUAUAAAUUUUUCUUAAUAAUAUAUUAUUAUAAAAUCAGUAAGUUGAUGCAAAUUGGGUAACAAAUGGUCGAGGACAAUAUGAUUUGCUUUAAAUGUAGUCUAUUUGUGAAGAAUCGUAAUUUGUCCAUAGAGCUCUUUCAACAAAUGUUUAUAUGUUCAUUCCAACUAUAUGAAAAAAGAAAAAAGAAGAAAAUAUAGAUUUACAAAUAUUAUAUUGUUUUAAAUGAAAUUAAGAAGAUACAUUAAUAAAAUUUAAUAAAAUUCUAAAAUUAGUAAUAAUAUAAAAACAUUGUAAUAAACUAUGUUACUGAUUCAUUGUAGUUUACACUUCAAAAAUAUUCAAGAUAUUAAUUUUAUUUGAAAUACAUUGAUUUAUGUACUUAUUCUUUCUUAUUCAUUUGUUUACUGGACUGGUACAGUAUGUUAAUAACUUUUAUAGCACUAACAUAAAGAAGAUUACAAAUGUGAAAUAUGUUUUGGAGUGUUAUAAAAUGUAUAUCUUAUUGUAAAACCCGUACAUAGUUAAAUCUUAAGUUUUACCAGUAAAUCUUAGGAUUUACCAAUGUGAGUUGGUAAAUGUGAGGAUUUAAUAAAAACAAGACCUUUUUCGUAUCUUUCACUAAACUAAACCUACCUUUCUGACCUUUUCUUUACAGUGCUAGACAUAAACAUGUCUAAUUCAGUGUAUGAUGUUCGUGUUAAUGGUCAGAGAGGUAGGUUAGGUUAGGUUUGCUUUGCUUUGGUUAAGAUUUCUUAAAAUUUACUGGUAAAACUUGAGAUUUACCAAUGUACAGGCUUUUACAGUAACAUAUAAACCAAAAUGUCACGUGCUCAGGGUCGUUACUCUACAUUGUUCGAGGCAUAAAAUAUUUAAUUAACAUAUUUAUAAAAAAAUCUAAUGAACUCUAAUUUUGUUCACGUGCUGCUUUCUAAGAAGAUAAAUUUUUUUAUAGCGCUCUAAUUACAAAUACCGACCACAUUUUACCCGUGUAUAAUUUCUCAUUUAAAUAUGUUACAUAUUGUCUUAAGAUUGACACAAAUGUUUUUGUUUUCUAUUGUAAGUCGAAAUAAAUAUAACUGGAAAUCAGUCAUUUGCUACGUCAAGAUUUUCAUUACAAUAAUUACCAUUCAAUUUCUUUAUUGAUUGCGUUUAGGUACGAUUCAUUAGAAAACUUAAACAGUAUAAACGUAUGCUCGUGACUUCGUUAAAAUAAAAACCAGCAUCAGUGUAUUUAUUACCUACUUAUUGAUGAUCUCACCUGAUCGCAAUGAACAGGCGCGUCUCUUUUCGUGCAUGUCUUUGGUAAGUGAUAAAAGUAAUGAUAACUGGCAAUAAAUAUUUUAUAUACGCGAAGCACAGUUUGUGACCUUAAGAAAUGGUACAUUAUUUGGAUGUGAGUUUACUGAUUGAUUAAUUAUAACAUUCAUAUCACAUACGGGAAAUUUAUCAAUGCAUUUAUUUACAAAUUCCGUGCAUUGAAUUGUAAUGAUAUAUUUCGUUAGGUAAUCGAAUAAUAAAGAAAUAUGAGCUUUGUGAUUUCUGACUUUACGAAUGUUGAUCAAAAGGACCAGCAGCUUUUUUCUGUCAUUUUGUUUGUUUAUAUGCAAAGAAAAUUGUGAUGAAAUAAGCAAUAUGAAUUUAGAACAAUCUUUACGAGGUGUCUUAAUUUGUGCAAAAUGACAGUGAAAUUGUGUUUCAGAUUGUAAAUACGCAUUGUAAAUAAUAUUAGAAUGUAUUAUUAUUACCAAUGAAAAUAUAUGUGUAGGAUGCUUUUACGCAUCGAUCACUAAAUAGUUAACGUGGCCGGGCCACACGGUAUGAGAAUAUUUGGUUAUAUAAAAUGUUUUAUUAAUUAUACUGUUAAAUUUAAUUUACAAAAUUGUUAUUUUCCAUAAGCAAAUAAUUUCAAACUGCUGCUAAUGUUAGGAUAUGGCCCGAUCACAUUAAUAGACGUUCGGUCAAUUGUAAAGUGUAUUAUAUCUUUUUCUAAAUAAAUUAUGAUCCUUAUUGGAUUUUUA